UCUGAGAGGCGGGCUGGGCCUUAGCCAAUGGGCUGAGGGGGUGGGAAGGGAGGCGGGGCUUGUCCUGGCCAAUCGGUGGGCGUGCCCUCGUUGCCGCUCUAUGCCGCUCCGCCCAGGCUCGCUGGUCCCAGAAGGCGCCGGGUUUCCCAAGAUGGCGGCCGACGUGUCCGUUACUCACCGGCCCCUGCUGAGCCCGGAGGCUGGGGCCGAGGCUGAAGCUGAUGAUGCCGCGGAGCGCCGGGCGCCCGAAGAAGAAUUGCCGCCGCUAGAUCCAGAGGAGAUCCGGAAACGCCUAGAACAUACCGAGCGCCAGUUCCGUAACCGCCGCAAGAUACUGAUCCGGGGCCUCCCGGGGGACGUGACCAACCAGGAAGUGCACGAUCUGCUCAGCGACUAUGAGCUCAAGUACUGUUUUGUGGACAAAUACAAAGGGACAGCCUUCGUGACCCUGCUGAACGGGGAGCAGGCAGAGGCUGCCAUCAGCGCCUUCCACCAGAGCCGCCUGCGGGAGCGCGAGCUGUCGGUGCAGCUGCAGCCCACGGACGCGCUGCUGUGCGUGGCCAACCUGCCCCCCAGCUUCACGCAGCAGCAGUUCGAGGAGCUGGUGCGGCCCUUCGGCAGCCUGGAGCGCUGCUUCCUGGUCUACAGCGAGCGCACCGGCCACUCCAAGGGCUACGGCUUCGCGGAGUACAUGAAGAAGGACUCGGCUGCUCGCGCCAAGUCGGACCUGCUAGGCAAGCCGCUGGGCCCGCGCACCCUCUACGUGCACUGGACGGACGCCGGGCAGCUGACCCCCGUGCUGCUGCACUCCCGCUGCCUCUGUGUCGACCGCCUGCCCCCCGGCUUUAGCGACGUGGACGCCCUGCGCCGGGCGCUGUCGGCGGUCCACACGCCCACCUUCUGCCAGCUGGCGUACGGCCAGGAUGGGCAGCUGAAGGGCUUCGCCGUGCUGGAGUACGAGACGGCGGAGAUGGCUGAAGAGGCACAGCAGCGGGCGGAUGGCCUGGCGCUGGGGGGCAGUCACUUGCGCGUCUCCUUCUGUGCCCCCGGGCCCCCCGGCCGCAGCAUGCUGGCUGCGCUCAUCGCUGCGCAGGCCACGGCCCUCAAUCGGGGCAAAGGGCUCCUGCCCGAGCCCAACCUCCUGCAGCUGCUCAACAACCUGGGGCCCUCCGCCUCCCUCCAGCUGCUGUUGAACCCCCUGCUCCACGGCAGUGCAGGGGGCAAGCAGGGCCUCCUGGGCGCACCGCCGGCCGUGCCACUGCUCAAUGGGCCCGCCCUGUCCACGGCGCUGCUGCAGCUCGCCCUGCAGACCCAGAAUCAGAAGAAGCCUGGGAUCCUGGGGGACUCUCCCCUGGGCACCCUUCAGCCUGGGGCCCAGCCGGCCAACCCCCUCCUCGGGGAACUGCCUGCAGGGGGGGCCCUGCCCCCAGAGCUGCCGCCCCGGCGAGGGAAGCCACCACCUCUGCUGCCACCACUCCUUGGCCCCUCUGCCGGUGACCGGGAAGCCAUAGGCCUGGGUCCCCCAGCAGCCCAGCUCACUCCACCCCCGGUCCCAGUGGGACUCCGAGGCGCCGGCCUUAGGAGCCUCCAGAAAGACAGUGGACCUCUGCCAGCACCCCCCCGGGCUCUUCCACCACAGGUCUCGCUGCUGGGGGAACCCCCAAAGGACUUCCGGAUCCCCCUGAAUCCCUACCUGAACCUACACAGCCUACUCCCGGCCAGCAACCUGGCGGGUAAGGAGGCCCGGGGCUGGGGAGGCACAGGGAGAAGCCGCCGCCCGGCUGAGGGCCACCUGCCUAACCCCCCAGCCCCUGGAGGUGGCGGCGGCGGCGGCGGCGGCAGCAGCAAAGCCUUCCAGCUCAAGUCCCGCCUGCUCAGCCCUCUGGCCAGCACCCGCCUGCCCCCUGAACCAGGGCUGCCUGACAGCUGUGGUUUCGACUACCCCUCGGAUGUGGGACCUCGGCGUCUCUUCUCCCAUCCACGGGAACCCACACUAGGGCCUCACAGACCCAGCCGACACAAAAUGUCCCCCCCACCCAGUGGUUUCGGAGAACGGACCGGCGGGGGCGGUGGGGGACCCCUCUCCCACUUCUAUUCGGGCUCGCCCACUUCCUACUUCACCAGUGGCCUGCAGGCUGGCCUCAAGCAGAGCCACCUUAACAAGGCGGUCGGCUCCUCUCCACUGGGCUCCGGAGAAGGGCUCCUGGGACUCGGUCCCGGGCCCAAUGGCCACAGCCACCUGCUGAAGACCCCACUGGGUGGCCAGAAACGCAGCUUUGCCCACCUGUUGCCCUCACCUGAGCCCAGCCCCGAAGGCAGCUACGUGGGCCAGCACUCCCAGGGCCUUGGGGGCCACUACGCAGAUUCCUACCUGAAGCGCAAGAGGAUUUUCUAGGGGGCCAGUGCCAGAGAUGCUCAAGGGCCUGCACCAAAUCGCUUUUGGGUUUUCUGGUGUUCUGUUUGUGUUUUUUCUUUCCCCCUUUCAGUAAUAGAAAAAUCUCUGAAAGACUUUGUUGACCCACCAGCCGGAACCCAAGGAGUGUGGGGGAGUCUGGGGGCCGCUGUGCACCUCUGGCCUGCUCCCGGCAUGGAAACUCUACAGCCUUAAGAGAGAGGGGCCCUCGCCUGCUCUCUGUCCCCUCCCCCAUAUCCACCUGUGUCUGUCUCUCUGGGAGUCCUCUCCUGCCUCGUCACUCCUGUAUUUUGGCCUUUCGAGUGCCUUGGAGGUUCCCCUGACCUCCCGUGAGGAUCAGAGACUGUCCCCCUUUUUUAACUUUGACAAUUGACUUUUGUUUCCUUUUCUAAUUUGUAUUAUUUU